UCGCGCCUUUGACGUCGUCCGGGGGAUUUUAUUAUUUUAACAUUUUUAUACCUCAUAUAUUGACGCGUAUGAAAUAAAAAAUAUUGCGAAUGGUCACAGCGAACGGUGCAUCCUGCUGUGCACUUAAAAGCUACCAGAUCCAUUUAACUCCGACAAGUCAUAAUGGAGGUUGUGGAAGUGCAACCGCAGAAGAGAGUACGCGUUGCACCGAUCAGGCCAACCACGUGUCCCUGCACCACCAAAUGCACCAGAAGAUACAUACAGCCAUCCCGGGUACAAUCGUUUGCACCGGAGAGGAAGUACUGUCCCCCAGCUAGUCCCUUGGACGCGAAAACGACUUAUGACUUGUCAUAUUUAAAUGUCGAUAACGCCUCUCGAUACGCACGGGCACAUCCCUUCAGGCCGAAACCGAAUUUGGAUAGGUCGGAAGAAAAAUUCGCCGGCGACACUACCACCAAUUUAAGUUACAAACCGAUCUGGGACUUCGUCAGGACAAAGCCGAUCUUACCGCGUCGAAGGUCGGCAGGUGGCAAUGGACCCAUGCAAUCGGUGACGACGAAUCGCCACGAUUAUGUCCCAAAAAAUGUCCCGAGGGCAGAGACGGUCGUCCCUUGUGGGAACAUCCGAUCGAGCACGGGUCCUUUGGACGGCAGGACGACGAUGGGUCUCUCCUUUAUGGACCCAGGACCAUUAGAGCCUACAAUUAGUUUCAAGCCGGUAUUGAAAUAUCAACCACCGGCGCAGCCCUAUGCAAAGGAUACUACGCAAAAAUUGAGCUAUCAGCCAUUUAAAGUCGACAAGAGAGAAAGAUACCCCUGGUUUGAGAAAGCCCCUUAUAGACCUCCCAACACGGCAAUGGAUGACCAAACGACGUACACGAAGAGCUACCUGAAGUCCGAAGCCCCGACGAGAGAGAAGAUGAUCGUCCCCAGUGCAACGCCAUUAUUUCCCUGCAACAGCGAAUUCUCCGGCAAGACCAUUUACAAAGAGAGUUACAUGCCAUGUAACGCCGAAAGCGUUGUACCGAUCGUACCUUGCGGAAACAUUACUCUGUCCGAGCAGAAAAUGUCAGGAGACACUACGAACAAGUUAAGCUAUCAACCGGUUGCAAUCGAGAGAAGGCUGCCAAUAAUCCCUGGCAGAAGGAACAUGAUGGGAGACGGUCCCAUGCAAAGCACGACGACCACUCGCUACGAUUACGUUCCAAAAAUGGUCCCCCGGCCCGAACUAAAAGUUCCCAGCAAUAACAUCAGAAUUUCGAGUCAGCCUCUCGAGGACAAAACGACGACACUCCUGUCAUACAUGGAUCCAGGUCCAGUGGAGGCUGUGCAGAGUUUCAAGCCACCUGCAAAAUAUUGCAGGCCCGAGGAGAAGAUCGAAACGGAGACCGUCAACAAACUGUCGUAUCAGCCAUGGUCACGGAUACCAAAAGACUUCCUACCCUGGGCUCAAAAGCAGAGAUACGAGCCGCCGAAAGACCGCAUGGCCGGGGAUACGAUUUAUCACAUGAGUUAUCCUUUGCCAGGAUAUUACGUGGAAGAGGACUGCGAACCGAUGGAGUGUCCUUGUCCCGCGGAAGAUCUCGAACGUCCACCCGCGCUCGUGGGAACGUGUCCGCGCUAAAACACG